GUGCGAAGAAAGCUUAACCUGACACUUCGGGGCCUGGGCGCAACCUACGUAUGUGCGCGGAGGAGAGGCUUUCAGCCUCAGCACCUUCGGUUUUGGGACACUAAAGCCCUUGGCCGCCCGCUCCAUUCUACUGGGACAACCGAGUUAAUGUACUGUAGAAAAAUCCGCCCACUCAUACUAGCAGCUCAACUGUUAGCGACGAAGACCUCGGAUCAUCAUAGAGAUGGGCGCUAGACACGCUCUUUUCCGGUUGCCGCCUAAGGCUAUUUCCGCUGAUGUUGGCGCGGCCUGGGCUUCUUCGUGGCUCCACUGUUGCUCUCGGAUGCUGCGCGCGGUUAGGUUGUAGCCGCGUCGCCAUGGCAAAGAGCAAGUUCGAAUACGUGCGGGACUUCGAAACGGACGAUACCUGUUUGCCCAACUGCUGGGUCGUGGUCCGGUUGGACGGCCGUAGCUUCCACCGUUUUGCUGAGCAGCAUGGUUUCAGGAAGCCCAAUGAUGACCGUGCACUUCACUUAAUGAACAAAUGUGCACAAACAGUAAUGCAGGAGCUAGACGAUAUUGUUAUUUCUUAUGGGCAAAGUGAUGAAUACAGUUUUGUUUUCAAAAAAAGAAGUAAUUGGUUUAAGAGGCGAUCUAGCAAGUUCAUGACUCAUGUGGUGUCUCAGUUUGCUGCCAGCUAUGUUUUCUAUUGGAAGGAUUACUUUGAGGACCAGCCUCUUUUGUAUCCACCAGGAUUUGAUGGACGUGUUGUACUAUAUCCUAGUGACCAGAAUCUAAAGGACUAUCUCAGUUGGAGACAGGCUGAUUGCCACAUUAACAAUCUCUACAAUACGGUAUUUUGGAGUCUUGUACAGAAAAGUGGCUUGACGCCUAUACAGGCGCAAAAGAGAUUACAGGGAACGCUUGCAGGUGAUAAGAAUGAAAUUUUAUUUUCUGAAUUCAACGUUAACUACAACAAUGAACCGUUAAUGUACAGAAAAGGAACAGUUCUAGUGUGGCAAAAGGUAAACCAAGUUAUUAGGAAAAAAAUUAAAAUUCCCAAAGAAACAGAAGAGAAGGAAGUUGAAGUGACCCGUGUAAAGAAUACACCAGUACCUUUGCAUUGUGACAUCAUUGGGGAUCAAUUCUGGGACCAGUAUCCUGAAAUUCUAGCUGAUGAUAGCUGACUGUUUCCAUUUCUUAUCUGGAUUUUGGUGUGAAUGACUGUACACUUUGUUCUGCAAGGACCACAUCAGGGAAGAAGAAUGGAAAAUUUGGAUAGCCCUUUAUGAAUAUUAUGGUAUAAACAAAUGCAGUAUCCAUGUCUGCAGAUGAUACAGGAUAAUAAAUACAUGUUUUAUCUUUUUAAAAACCA